CCUCCCUUCUGUUAUGUUUGUACCCUGUUUUGUACCUUGCGCUGGUCAGUUAUUUUAGUGCAAUGACAAAUUAAACCAAAUUCAGAAGGAUUCUUCCAUCGGGCAGUCCAAUCACAACCGGACUCCUGCGGAGAUCUUCAUUUAUGCGAUGAAGUAACAGGCUGUGCUAGAAUGCCAAACUUUGCGAACUGCAUCUGAUGAGACCAGCAGGACAAUAACUCGAGAGAGCAUUUCAAGAUCUGUGGAUUUCACUUGAAGAUCAACAUGAAGUUCGCCCAGAUCAUGCUGAAGAACAGCUCAAAGCUGAACAUACCUAAACAAGUGGACAGAUUUUCAAAAUUCUCUCCGUCCCCGCUGUCAAUGAAGCAGUUCAUUGACUUUGGAUCUGCCAAUGCCUGUGAAAAGACCUCCUUCAUGUUUUUAAGGCAAGAGCUUCCUGUUCGGUUAGCCAACAUCAUGAAGGAGAUCGACUUCCUCCCGGACAAACUGCUCAGCACUCCUUCACUGAAGCUGCUUCAAAGCUGGUACGCGCAAAGUCUGAUGGAGCUUGUUGACUUUUUGGAGAAAGACCCUGAUGAUAAAAAAAUCCUGACUAAAUUCACAGAAACGCUGAUCAACGUGAGGAACAGGCAUAACAAUGUGGUGCCCACCAUGGCACAGGGAGUGCUGGAGUACAAGGAGGCCUUUGGCGUGGAUCCUGUGACCAAUCAGAACGUCCAGUAUUUUUUGGACCGCUUCUACAUGAGCCGAAUCUCCACACGCAUGCUGAUGAAUCAGCACACAUUAAUCUUUGAUGGCAGCACCAAUCCAGCCCACCCCAAGCACAUCGGCAGUAUCGACCCUAACUGUGAUGUUGUGGGGGUUGUAAAAGAUGCCUAUGAGAGUGCCAAGAUGCUGUGUGAUCAGUACUACUUGACCUCUCCCGAAGUGGAAAUCAAACAAGUGAACUGUGAGCGAGAAUUUUCUCUCUCAAACUUUCAUGACCCUAUACAUAUAGUUUAUGUGCCUUCUCAUCUGUACCACAUGCUCUUUGAGCUCUUCAAGAAUGCAAUGAGAGCAACUGUGGAAACCCAUGAGACCAGCCUACAUCUCCCACCAAUCAAAGUCAGAGUUUCUCUAGGAACAGAAGAUCUGACUAUCAAGAUGUCUGAUAGAGGAGGUGGGGUUCCUUUGAGGAAAAUCGAGAGGCUUUUCAGCUACAUGUAUUCAACUGCACCGAGUCCUGUGGCUGAAAACACCCGUAAUGCUCCACUGGCUGGUUUUGGCUAUGGUCUUCCUAUUUCCCGCCUUUAUGCCAAGUACUUCCAGGGAGAUCUGCAGCUCUACUCUAUGGAGGGAUACGGCACGUCGGCAGUCAUAUACCUAAAGGCCUUAUCCACUGAAUCAAUAGAAAGACUUCCUGUCUUCAACAAGUCAGCCUUAAGGCAUUAUCAAACAAGCAUGGAAGCGGAUGACUGGUGCAUCCCGAGCAGUGAGCCCAAGAAACUAGGAAAGUACGAGUACAGUGUUUGAAAGGAAGGAGAUGCUCAUACGAUAAACAUAAGGACUGAAUGGGGCUGUGAACUAUAGUGGAGUUCAUUUGGGUAACUACGUAUGCGACUGUUGAGCUAUUUCAGAAGCAUGGUAUUAUCAAAGGGUUGAUAAUUGACUUCAUGAAUGUUACAGUCUGAAUAACAAGGGCAUUUUGUCUUCCGCAGCUCACAUUGCUUAUAAUACACCACACACUUCAUUUGCGGUGCUAACUUUUUCGUUUAGAGUUUUACAAGACUGUGAUGUCUGAAACUUCAGUCAGACGUACUGAAGCUGAUUGGUUGUUUGAGCAUGUGUUGAUUCCUAUACAUUACCACGGAUUUGAACUGAUUCUGUAAGUGUGUUUUAGAGUAUGUGAACCUGUGUUUUAGUCAGUGGGGCCAAGUUACCAGCUUUGUGUGAGUUAUAGCAAAUAUUUUGAGAACAUACAAGCAACUGAAAGUAACCAAGGUUUUAUAUUUCCUUGGUUUAAAAUGCAUUUCAAUGCAAAUGUUAGAAUGACCAUAGUUGUGUGUUUCUUGAGUGUAUUCUUGAAUUGUCCUCUAACAGUUGGACCUACUGUCUAACACUCCAUUUAGUUUUGUGUGUAAAAAUGCGAUGCUAUCAAGGCCAAAUCAUUUCAUAAAAACGCACGAGUUGUUAUGAUGACAACAAUUUUACUGAUAUUUAAAAAAACAUGAAUUCAAUUAGACAUUCAAUCUAAUACAGAAUAAUAACAGUUUGAGUUGUGUCACAAGAGACUGACAAAGUAAGUUUGGGCCCAAGUUUGUUGCUAUGUUAUUCAUUUAUUUAAAACUGGCUAAAUGGAUUAUACAGUGUUGCUUUUUUAUGUGUGAAGCAUUUUAUGACCACAAAAAUUGAUUAUCUUUGUGACAACAGCUUCUGGCUGAACAUUUCAGGUAUUCUGUAUGAACAAAAAUGAUAUGUAGCUCUAUUAGAUUUUUUUUUAAGCAUGAAAACACUGAAGAGGCAAUGUUUUAAUUUCCAUAUAAAUGAAAGAUAAAUGAAAUUGCUUGUUUUUAAAUGUCAAUCUCAGGAUUGUGCAUAUUUGCCUUUCUAGUUUUGUCUGUUUUUAAGUCAUUUAAUUUUGUUUUGUGUUGUUUUGUUUUAAUUUUACUGUAAUAUU